AUGGCCUCGCGCAAGACUGUGAAUCGCCGUCAACGGCCGCAAAGAGCCACGUCGAACGUGUUCGCCAUGUUCGAUCAGGCUCAAAUUCAAGAGUUCAAGGUUUGUUUGCAGUUUUUGAAGGUUUUAAAACGAAUUACUUUUUUUUGCAGGAGGCGUUCAACAUGAUCGACCAGAACCGCGACGGAUUUAUCGAUCAGGAGGACCUGAAGGACAUGUUCGCCUCGCUCGGCAAAGAAGUGUCGGAGCAGUUCAUCGACUCGAUGAUCAACGAGGCGCCGGGCGCGCAGCCGAUCAACUUCACCAUGUUCCUGACGCUGUUCGGCGAGAAACUGACGGGAACGGACCCGGAAGAGGUGAUCCGAAACGCGUUCCAGUGCUUCGACGAGGACAAUUCGGGCAAACUCAACGAGGAGCAUCUCAGGGAACUGCUCACCUCGAUGGGCGAGCGCUACACCGAGGAGCAGGUCGACGAGCUUUUCCGUGACGCUCCCAUCAAGGUACCGCGCAGCUUAAUGUGGAAAAUUAGGGUUUUUCCAGGGCUGGAAUUUUGACCCACUUGCAAUGAUCUGAUCAGGUCCAGGAUCUUUGCAAUCUUCUUGGACUUGAAGUUUCAGCCCGACCGGAUUAUUCGGUGCCGAAAAAAAACCCGGCCUUUUCGGCCGCUGAUCUACUUAUCUCGGGACCAAAUGAUCCGAUCGGUCUGAAACUUGGACUCAAUAUACUUCAAUCCAAGUCCAAAAAGUCUGCUAAAUGUGAGCCCUAUCGUAUCAUUGCAAGUGACUCAAAAGUUCAGGCCUCGAAAAGCCAGGGCGUUGCCCAACCUUGGGAUCUCCUCAUACUUGCGAUUUCGGGCCGACUGAUAAUUCGCCCUCAAACGCAAAGUUGUGAGUAGGAAAAUUCCAAUUUUUCGAUUACAGAACGGACAAUUCGAUUACGUCGAGUUCACGCGCAUGCUCAAGCACGGAACUAAGGACAAGGAUGAGGCCUAG